AUGUUCAUUGAGACAAAUCUAUGUGGUCCUUUAAGAAUAGCCAGUAACGGGGUGGACUCAGUUGUCAUUGGUGGCAAUGAAAAAUCACUUAUAAUUGAUGCCUCAACUUCUUUCCGAGUAUCCACAACCAUUGGGCCUCCUUCAUUAUCUAAUGCCGAAGACAGGUCGAAUUCCGAAUCCGACUCGCAUCAUAUUGUGGAACAACGCUUAGAAAAAAAAUUUGAGACUGAAGACCGGAAAAAGUCUCAGCUUGCAUCAACAUUUGAACUAAAAGUAGAGCACAAGAUUGAACAUAUCGUACCACAUGUCGAAGCUCGUCGAUGGGACAGUGGACAAAUAGAAACCGUUGAUCCAUCAAAUUCCCGCCAGGAAUAUAUUGACGAUUUACCACCACUCGACAUUGUCGAUGAUGUGGAGGAAGAAGAGCCACUAGAAGUAUUGCCAGUUGAGCGAUGCUAUUUGAAUAAGGAAAAAUUAACAGCUGAAAUUCUGAUUGAUAUGGCCAGUGAAAAACGAAAUCUUUCAAGGAUAUUAAAGCAAUAUAAUACUCAGUUACGAACUUAUUGUAGUCCCGAGCAUGAAGCACGAGAUGAAUCUUUCAGGAAUUGUCCGCUAUGGCGUGAAGAGAAAAUGAUCCAUUAUUAUAAACUUAUGAGAUUACUCUACUGUUCUGAUUAUAAUUUAUGGCCAAAUGCGCCAAAAAUCAAGCGAUCAUUUGGAGCAAAUUUACAGCUAUUUGAGAAACUCUAUGCUUUUCUACCUAAGCAAUAA